UUCCCAGCUGGAUGGCAGCCAGGCCUCCUACUCAGGGAACAGAUUCUGGCUCCUGGCUCGCCUGCUGCCCCAUUUGCAUCUCUUGGCUUUCUGGAGGCUGUUUACAUCCAUGAGAGAGAAGAGGCAGCCUGGGGGUCAGUGACUCCACAGCAUGGCGGGUGAUGGGGACGCUUAGCAUAGCAGAUCCUCCUCAUGGGAAUCAGCACCGCUGAGGGCUGGUGGAAGGUGCCUAGAGAAGGGGGAAGACAAAUGAGAAAUCCAAGAAGCCUCAUGAAGGGUGAAACUCCAGUGAACAGCACUAUGAGCAUUGGGCAGGCCCGGAAGAUGGUGGAACAGCUGAAGAUUGAGGCCAGCAUGUGCAGGAUAAAGGUCUCCAAGGCUGCGGCUGACCUGAUGACAUACUGCGAUGCCCACGCCUGCGAGGACCCUCUCAUCACUCCCGUGCCCACCUCUGAAAACCCAUUCCGAGAGAAGAAGUUCUUCUGCGCUCUACUCUGAGCUAUGUCUGCCUCGCCACCCCGCCCCUCAAGUCCAACGGGGCACCAGGGCUUCUCCCUUCUCCUUUCCUCCCCCUCCCUUCCCCAUCCCCAGACACCCUCCUCAUUGCUCAGUGUGGAACUGGGUGCGUGGAAGAGGCCCCAGUGCACGUCCUCGGCCCGUUUGGGGAGGGGUGGGUGGGGCAGAUGGAGAGGUUUCCUCUUGCAACUCCCCCUCCCUCACUAUGCAUUCUGUCAUAAUAUCAUUUCUCCAAAAACUUCAGCCGAGCACAAGAAUUCAAACUCCGCCUGAUACAGAGUUCACUCCCUACUUCCCUCCAAGGAGAAUCUCGUCUAUAUUGGGGGGGGGGGAAGAAAGGCACUCUUCCUCCCCAAAAUGAGACCCAGAGGUAUUAAUCACCCUCUGGUUCAGGUGUGGGGAACUUUUGGCCCUCCAGAUGUUGCUAAACGACAGUUCCCAUCUUCCCUGGCCACUGGCCAUGCUUGCUGGGACUGAUGGAAGUUGUCAUUCAGCAACAUCUGAAGGGCCAAAGGUUCCCCACACCUGCUCUACUCAUACGCCCUAACAGGCGAGCCCCCAUUGGUAAGAGCCAUUGGUCUAUCUUGUUCAGCACUGUCUACACUGACUGGCAGCUGCUUUCCAGGGUUUCAGGCAGGGAGUCUCUCCCAGCCCUCCCUGGAGAUGCCGUUGGGGAUUGAACUGGGGACCUUCUGCAUGCAAAGCAGGCGAUCUACCACUGAGCUAUGGCCCUUCCCUUGCAUGUACACUAGCUGGAGGGCCACAGGUUUCUCACUCCUUUGCUGAGAAGCCCUCUCCAACAGGUGUUUCCAAAUCUAGUUGCAGCAAAUACCCCCCCCCCCGUGAAGAUAUGUGGUAUGACCUCAUCUGAUGAGAAAAACAGGGAUACAUCCGUUUUUGCCUUUCAUUCACCUGAAAUUUCUGUGUUUCAAUCUAGAAAAAGAUGGGGGGGGGAAAUCAAAUGAAAAACUGGUUUGGGUGACAAAAUGGUGAUGGGGCAUGGAUGGAAUCUUGGUAUCAGGGCUGCAGAGGUUUGCCUCUGUGUGAAAGAGAGAGAGAAGCCUGAACUCUGAAUCGCCAGACACUUGGGAGUGUUAAACGUUUCCCAUUGCUUCUGCUGCCAUUUGGUUUUUGGGGAGUCUCCCCGUUUCCUUCAAGCUCUGAAAUAAAUGCAGUUACAAAGA